GAAGACAACUAAACACACAGAUGGACACAGCACUCCCUCCAUAGCUGUGGCUUUUGACUGACAUUAGCGGGCACUGAGCUAACAUGGCCGCACGCGGCACAACACUCGCCCUGGGCGUCCUCACCCUGGCGUACGCCUGCUUCGCUGGACUCAGCGCGCAGACCUACCCGGGAACCUGCCGGCUGGUCUGCGACCCGUACCAGCACGGGGGAGGCUCUCACAGCCUGGGCGCCAACGGGAUCGUCAUCCCCCUCUCCUCUGGAGGUUCUGGUGCUGGGGGCCCACCGGGCCCCGCCGGGCCCCCAGGAAAGACAGGCCCCCGGGGGCCACCUGGCCCGCCCGGCUCCGGCAGGCAGAGCGCGGGGGCCCGAGACGGAACGGUGGCCUUUUACGCGGCGCUGACGCAGGAGUUCACCAGAGACGCCGUGCUGAAGUUCACCGACGUGGUGACGAACGUCGGCGGGGCCUACGAUGCGGCGACGGGGAAGUUCACCAGCCCCCAGGCCGGCGUCUACCAAUUCGGCUUCAACAUCCUCAAGGCCGGCCAGCGCAUUCGGGUGGAGCUGGUGUCGGGUGACAAGGUGGUGGCGACAGCGGUCGCUGUGGACAUGCUCGCCACCGACUCGGCCCACGGAAGCGCCCUUCUGCAGCUGGCCAGAGGGGACCAGGUGUUCCUGCGCCUCUCCGGCAGCGACAAGACCAUGGUGGACUCCGACAGCCGAUUCAGCACCUUCAUGGGCUCCUUGCUUCACGCCCUGUGACGGCUUGGGUUCCUUUCACACACACACACACACACACACACACACACACACACACACACACACACAUCCCACCUGCACUGUUCUGUUAGUGGAGACAGCCCUCCACCAGAUUAACAACAACGAGACACUCGGUUUGAUCUGACUUUUUAUACAUGGCGCAAAUCAGGGGGGGAAAGAGCUUUGUGUCGUGUAUGAUAAGAUGUGGAGAGAUGAGAUUAUAAUGUUGAUGUAAAUGUUGACAGGUAGUGGGGCAGAAUAUCCUGCAGGCAUAUUUUGCAUUACCCAUAUUAAGACAAAGACUGAAUUUAUUAUAUAAGAUUUUAGCGAAAGCGUUGAUUUCAUUUUGAUUCAUUUUUCAGAUUACUGCUAAGGCAAGUUCAAAGAAAUGAUGUAUCAAUGUAUAGAUAAUGUUCAGUUGCAGACAUAGACACAGAGUAUAAUGCAUCAGUGUCUGAUACUGAUAGCUCGUACAGAGCACAAAUUCACAUGUGGCCUUGAUACUUACCAGACGGAUCUUCAGUCAUUAAUGAGUAUUCAGGAUGAACUACUUUUAAGCACAUGCAUGCACACAUACACACACGCACGCACGCACGCACGCACGCACGCACGCACGCACGCACACACACACACACACACACACACACACACACACACACACACACACACACACACACACACACACACACACACACACACAAUAUACAGACCAUACCAUAACAUUAUCAGCCAGAUGUUUGGCACACUGGAUCUUGUUUGAAAUAUGACUAUUGUAUAUGACCUGCCAGCAUUAUUCAUAUGAGGCAGCCGCCAUUUCCCGCAGUGGAAGAAUUUCUAGUUUUUUUCCCCCACAUAAUAAAGGCUCCUACUCCCC